AUGGCAGCCGUGGACAGUGAAUACAAAUACACCCUCAUCGACGUCGGUGCAGAGGGCCGCAGAAGUGAUGGUGGGGUCUUGAAGAAUUCAGAGUUUGGAAAAGCCCUCGAGAACAGAAGUCUAGGCCUACCGUCAGCUGGCGAACUCCCGGGAAGUGGAAUCGUGGCACCGUAUGCCUUCUUAGGUGAUGAAGCGUUUCAGCUUAGAGAAGAUUUUAUGCGUCCUUUCCCAGCGAAACAGCUGAGGGAUGAUCGAAGAGUGUUCAAUUACAGGCUCAGCCGGGCACGAAGGUGUGCAGAAAAUGCCUUUGGCAUAACGGCAGCGAGGUGGCGCAUUCUGCUAAGAACCAUCAACCUGCACCCUAAAAAUGUCGACUACAUUGUUAAAGCAGCGUGCAUAUUGCACAAUUUCUUCACUGUGCUCAACAGCCAAACGCGAGUGCAUGCAGACAAGGAGGACAAGUUCGGAAAUAUCAUUGCAGGCCAGUGGCGACACCGCAUUGACACGGCACAAAGCAACAACGCUAAACCUCGCUACUUCGCCCUAGAAGCAACACAUGCACGCAACUACAAUGGCAGCGCUGCAGAUGCCCGGAAGCUGUUCAAUGCGUAUUUCUGCAGCAGUGCAGGGGAGGUUUCCUGGCAGUGGCUGCAACCAGGCAUUACAAAGGAAGCGGCCAUGAGAUAUGUGCACGAGGACCAGCGUCUGGCACCUUGCUGAUAGUAAGCCUUUU